CGCCUCCCCCGGGUCGGGUCCAGUCCGGGCGUGGGGAGUCCAGCGCGGCGCCGAGCCUUUGAGCCAGCGUGUCCCGCCGGCCGCGCCGUCCGCACAGACAGCUGCUCCCCCCAAUGUGAACGUCGGAAAAUCAAAUGAGGAUUCUUCAGGGCAAGAUGCGGUGCUGGCUGAUUCCAGCUUUUCUGGCUGUGGUUUGCUUCUGCACCAUCGCCCAGGGUCAAGUGUCUGCGCCCACGAGGCUGAGGUACCACGUGCUUUCUCAGGACAGCAUCCAGAUCUCAUGGAAAGCUCCCAGAGGGAAGUUUGGGGGCUACAGACUCCUCGUGACCCCAGCCUCAGGAGGCAAAACCAAUCAACUGAAUCUCCAAAACACUGCCACGAAAGCCAUUAUCCAAGGUCUUAUGCCGGAGCAGAACUACACGGUUCAAAUUAUCGCCUACCACAAGGACAAGGAGAGCAAGCCGGCUCAAGGCCAGUUCCGAAUUAAAGAUUUAGAAAAAAAGAAGGAUCCAGCGAAGCCCAGAGGCAAGGUCGUGGACAGAGGAAACGGGAGUCAGCCGGCCUCCCCAGAAGAGCCCAAGUUCGUCUGCCAGACCCCGGCGAUCGCGGACAUCGUCAUCCUGGUGGACGGGUCCUGGAGCAUCGGACGCUUUAACUUCCGGCUGGUGCGGCUCUUCCUGGAGAACCUGGUCACGGCCUUCAACGUGGGCUCCGGGGAGACGCGAGUCGGUCUCGCGCAGUACAGCGGGGACCCCAGGAUAGAGUGGCACCUGAACGCCUUCAGCACCAAAGACGAGGUCAUCGAGGCCGUGCGGAACCUGCCCUACAAGGGCGGGAACACCCUGACCGGUCUCGCUUUGAACUACAUUUUUGAAAACAGCUUUAAGCCAGAAGCGGGAUCCAGGACCGGAGUGGCCAAGAUUGGCAUUCUGAUCACCGACGGGAAGUCUCAGGACGACAUCGUCCCGCCCUCGAGGCGGCUCCGGGAGUCCGGGGUCGAGCUCUUCGCCAUAGGCGUGAAGAACGCAGACCUGAGUGAGCUGCAGGAGAUCGCCUCGGAGCCCGACAGCAGCCACGUGUACAACGUAGCCGAGUUCGACCUGAUGCACACGGUGGUGGACAGCCUGACGCGCACGGUGUGCUCCGGCGUGGAGGAGCAGGACAGGGAGAUCCGAGCCUCAGCCUUCACCACCACUGGGCCACCGACCGAGCUGAUCACUUCGGAAGUCACCGCCAGGAGCUUCAUGGUUAACUGGACUCAUGCCCCAGGCAACGUGCAGAAAUACAGGGUCGUGUAUUAUCCGACCAGAGGUGGAAAGCCAGAAGAGGUGGUGGUGGACAGGAGUGUGACGUCCCUCGUGUUGAAAAACCUGAUGUCUCUAACCGAGUACCAGAUAUCUGUCUUUGCGAUCUAUGCCCACACUGCCAGUGAAGGCCUGCGGGGAACAGAAACCACGCUUGCCUUGCCCAUGGCUUCCGACCUGGAACUGUAUGGUGUGACCGAGAACAGCCUGCGAGUCAGGUGGGACCCGGUGCCGGGUGCCACGGGGUACCUGGUCCUCUACGCACCGCUCACAGAGGGGUUGGCAGGGGACGAGAAGGAGAUGAAAAUUGGAGAAGACCACACAGACAUCGAGCUCACCGGGCUGGUCCCCAACACGGAAUACACGGUCACAGUCUAUGCGAUGUUCGGGGAGGAAGCCAGCGAUCCCGUAACGGGACAGGAAAUGACACUACCUCUAAGUCCACCAAGAAACCUGAGAAUCUCCAAUAUCGGCUCCAGCAGCGCUCGGUUAGCCUGGGACCCGACCUCCACGAAGACCAGUGGUUACCGAAUUGUCUACACCAGCGCGGACGGGACUGAAAUCAAUGAGGUUGAGGUCGACCCCAUCACCACGUUCCCUCUGAAAGGCUUGACCCCGCUCAUGCAGUACUCCAUCGCCGUUUUCUCCAUCUACGACGAAGGCCAGUCUCUGCCUCUGGUAGGGACUUUCACCACAGAGGAAGUCCCAGCCCAGCAGUACUUGGAAAUUGAUGAGGUGAAGACAGACAGCUUCCGAGUGACCUGGCACCCGCUCUCGGCCGAGGAGGGACAGCACAAGUUGAUGUGGAUCCCGGUCUAUGGCGGAAAGACCGAAGAGGUGGUCCUGAAGGAAGAGCAGGACUCCUACGUCAUCGAAGGCCUGGAUCCCGGCACUGAGUACGAAGUCUCGCUCCUGGCCGUGCUGGACGAUGGCAGUGAGAGUGAGGUGGUGACCGCCGUGGGGACCACGCUUGACAGUUUUUGGACAGAACCAGCCACCACCGUAGAACCAACCAGACCUGUAACAUCAGUUUCGCAGACAGGAAUCAGGAACCUGGUGGUAGAUGACGAAACUCCCUCCAGCCUGCGGGUGUCGUGGGACAUUUCCGACAGCGAUGUGGAGCAGUUUAGGGUGACCUACCUGACGGCUCAAGGGGACCCCGCCGAGGAAGUGGUCGGAACGGUCAUGGUGCCUGGGAACCAGAACAGUGUCCUCUUGAAGGCCCUUCUCUCAGACACAGAAUACAAAGUCACUGUGACACCCAUCUACUCCAACGGAGAAGGCGUUAGCGUCUCUGCACCCGGAAAAACCUCGCCGUCCUCGGGCCCCCAGAACUUACGGGUCUCCGAAGAAUGGUAUAACCGGGUGCGGAUCUCCUGGGACGCCCCACCCGGACCCGUGAAGGGCUACAGGAUCCUCUACAAGCCCGUCAGCGUUCCUGGCCCGACCCUGGAGACUUUUGUGGGUGCUGACAUCAACACCAUCCUCAUCACGAACCUCCUCAGUGGGAUGGACUACAGCGUGAAGAUCUUCGCCUCCCAGGCUGCAGGCUUCAGCGAUGCGCUCACGGGCCUGGUGAAAACACUGUUCCUGGGCGUGACGGAUCUCCAAGCACAUCAGGUGGAAAUGACCAGCCUGUGCGCUCGCUGGCAGGUGCAGCGCCACGCCUCAGCCUACAGGAUCGUUGUAGAAUCCAUCCAGGAUACACAAAAGCAAGAAUCCAUUGUGGGAGGAGGGACAAACAGACACUGCUUCUACGGACUGCAGCCCGAUUCCGAGUAUAAAAUCAGCGUCUACACCAAGCUGCAGGAGCUGGAGGGGCCAAGCGUGAGCAUAACGGAGAAAACCCGGUCCCAUCCUACGCCCCCACCAACCUUCCCUCCAACCAUCCCACCGGCCAGAGAAGUGUGCAGAGCCGCCAAGGCCGACCUGGUGUUCAUGGUGGACGGGUCCUGGAGCAUCGGGGACGACAACUUCAACAAGAUCAUCAGCUUCCUGUACAGCACCGUGGGCGCCCUGGACAAGAUCGGCCCAGAUGGAACGCAGGUGGCGAUGGUUCAGUUUACUGACGACCCCAGGACGGAGUUUACGCUAAAUGCUUACAAAACCAAGGAGACUCUUCUUGAUGCGAUUAAACACAUUUCGUACAAAGGAGGAAACACAAAAACAGGAAAAGCCAUGCAGCACGUCCGGGACAGCUUGUUCGGGGCAGAGGCCGGGACCAGAAGAGGCGUCCCGAAGGUCAUCGUGGUGAUAACGGACGGGAGGUCGCAGGACGAAGUGAGCCGAAUCUGCAGGGAGAUGCAGGCGGACGGCUACAACAUCUUUGCCAUCGGCGUGGCCGACGCGGAUUACUCGGAGCUGGUGAGCAUCGGCAGCCAGCCCAGCGCCCGCCGCGUCUUCUUCGUGGACGACUUUGACGCCUUUAAGAAAAUCGAAGAUGAGUUAAUUACUUCUGUCUGCGAAGCUGCGUCAGCAACCUGUCCGAUGCUGCAGAAGGAUGGCGUCGAAAUGGCAGGAUUUAAGAUGAUGGAAGUGUUUGGUUUGGUUGAAAAGGACUUCUCCUCCGUGGAAGGGGUUUCUAUGGCGCCCGGUACCUUCAACGUGUACCCGUGUUACCAGCUGCACAGGGACGCCCUGGUCUCCCAGCCCACCAAGUAUGUGCACCCGGAGGGAUUGCCUGCCGACUACACGAUCACUUUUCUCUUCCGGAUUCUUCCUGAGACGCCACAGGAGCCCUUCGCGCUCUGGGAAAUUCUGAAUAAAAAUUCCGCCCCGCUGGUUGGGAUCAUUUUGGAUAAUGGUGGGAAAACGCUAACGUAUUUCAACUAUGACCACGCCGGGGAUUUUCAAACUGUCACUUUUGAAGGACCCGAAAUUCGGAAGAUUUUCUACGGGAGCUUUCACAAGCUCCACGUGGUUGUCAGCAAGAACUUGGUCCAAGUGGUUGUGGACUGCAAACCCGUAGGCGAGAAGCCGAUAAAUGCGUCUGCUAACAUCACGUCGGACGGAGUAGAGGUCCUCGGCAGAAUGGUCAGGGCCGAGGCCCCCGGGGGGAAUUCCGCACCAUUCCAGUUACAGAUGUUUGACAUCCUUUGCUCCACCGCGUGGGCCAGUAAAGACCGAUGCUGUGAGCUUCCGGGCCUGAGGGAUGAGCAGUCCUGCCCUGAACUCCCCCACUCCUGCACCUGUGCUGUAACCAACGAAGUGGCCCUGGGUCCAGCUGGCCCCCCGGGUGGUCCGGGACUCCGCGGACCCAAGGGCCAGCAAGGUGAACAGGGUCCGAAGGGACCAGAGGGCCCUCGGGGGGAAUCAGGCCCUGCAGGACCUCAGGGCCCCCCGGGACCCCAAGGACCGAGUGGGUUGUCCAUUCAAGGAAUGCCGGGAAUGCCUGGCGAGAAGGGAGAGAAAGGAGACACUGGCCUUCCUGGGCCACAGGGUAUGCCAGGAGGUGUGGGCUCACCUGGACGUGACGGCUCACCCGGCCAAAGGGGAUUUCCUGGCAAGGACGGUUCCUCCGGCCCUCCAGGACCUCCAGGGCCAAUUGGCAUCCCUGGAGCGCCCGGAGUCCCCGGGGUCACGGGCAGCGUGGGACCACAAGGCGCCCUGGGCCCACCCGGUGUCCCUGGAGCGAAGGGCGAGCGAGGUGAACGAGGUGACCUGCAGUCCCAAGCCAUGGUGAGGGCAGUGGCGCGCCAAGUGUGUGAGCAGCUCAUCCAAAGUCACAUGGCCAGGUACACGGCCAUCCUCAACCAGAUUCCCAGCCACCACUCAUCCAUCCGGACCAUCCAGGGGCCCCCGGGGGAGCCCGGAAGGCCUGGCUCACCUGGAACCCCUGGAGAACAAGGACCCCCCGGUGCCCCAGGCUUCCCCGGAAAUGCAGGAUUGCCAGGGACCCCGGGAGACCGAGGUCUGACUGGUCUCAAGGGCGAGAAAGGAAACCCGGGCAUUGGAACUCAAGGUCCCAGAGGCCCCCCUGGGCCAGCAGGGCCUUCAGGGGAGAGUCGGCCUGGCAGCCCGGGGCCCCCUGGCUCUCCUGGACCAAGGGGUCCCCCGGGUCACCUGGGGGUGCCGGGUCCGCAAGGGCCUUCCGGCCAGCCUGGAUAUUGCGACCCAUCGUCGUGUUCUGCCUAUGGCGUGGGAGCCCCCCAUCCAGAUCAGCCUGAGUUCACCCCUGUGCAAGACGAGCAGGAAGCCUUGGAGCUGUGGGGCUCUGGGAUCUGACAGCCUCGGAGGACAUUGGAAGACCAACAGCAAAACCUCUUAAGGAUUUACCCAGGAAUGUGUCAUUGCGGGGUUCGUAUGUGGGGGAACUCGUGUCUGCAGCCUGAAGCUCCUCCUUGGAUAAUGUUAGAGUUACUGUUGUUAUUAGCAAAUGCUAAUUAAUUAGCAUGUUUUAAAGAUCCCGUGUGGGAGAUGAUCUCCAGUUCUAAAAUAAACAAGAUGGGUAUGGCGAUGUUGGAGAGAAAUGGACCCAGCAGAAAGAGAGAGAAUCAAAGAGGGUCUCAGAUUAUACCACUAAUCCAGCCCUGUGGGUAAGAAAGAGGAUUCAUUACCAGUGACACUACCUCUGUCCAACUCCGAGGUCACUCAGUGACUGGUUUCACGGGUAUCCAAAAAUAAGCUCCAGAAUGUAAUCUUUCUGGAUUUGUUAAUUUAAAAGAUAGACUUAGCUUCUCAGUGGUUUUUGACUCCUAUGAAGUAACAACUUCCCACCAGCUCUGAUUUGUCCAGCCAUGGGUCCAGGGCAUCCCUCUCCUUGCCUACAGGAAUGACUUAGUACAUGCUGAAAAGUUCUGGAGAAUGUGUUCCUAUUUUCUUUUGUAAGCAAAUAAAAAUUUAAAACAAAA